AGGAAGAAGAAGCGUGAGCGGCGGGCGCGGACUCCCAGGCCAGGAAUCGGUGGUUGGAGAGUCAUGGAAGCACUAUCUAUGCUGGGCAGCCCGAAGGCCCGCCACGAGACCUUCCUGCCCAACGGCAUGAAUGGGGUCAAAGCCACAGGUCGAGUCCCCAUUGGCGUGAUUGGAAGCGGCGACUUCGCCAAGUCCCUGACCAUCCGGCUUGUGCGCUGUGGAUACCACGUGGUCAUUGGGAGCAGGAACCCCAAGUUUGCCUCGGAAUUUUUCCCCCACGUGGUUGAUGUCACCCAUCAUGAAGACGCGCUCACCAAGGCCAGCGUGGUCUUUGUGGCGGUGCACCGGGAGCACUACGCCUCCCUCAGGGGCCUGAGGCCCCUCCUGGCCGGGAAGAUCCUGAUCGACGUGAGCAACAAUACGCGUAUCAACCAGUUCCCGGAGUCCAACGCCGAGUAUCUGGCGUCCCUGUUCCCCGACUCCCAGGUCGUCAAGGGCUUCAACGUGGUGUCUGCGUGGACCCUGCAAGGGGGCCCCAAGGAUGCCAGCAGGCAGGUCUACAUCUGCAGCAACCACAUCCAAGCUCGCCGCCAGGUCAUCGAACUUGCUCGCCAGCUGGACUUCAUUCCCGUCGACCUCGGGGCGUUGUCGUCGGCCCGGGAGAUCGAGAACUUACCCUUGAGGCUGUUCGCCCUGUGGAGGGGGCCAGUGGUGGUGGCCGUGAGCCUGGCCACAUUUUUCUUCCUCUACUCCUUCGUCCGCGACGUCAUCCACCCGUUCGCGAGGAACCAGCAGAGCGACUUCUACAAGAUCCCCAUUGAAAUCGUGAACCAGACGCUGCCCGUCGUGGCCAUGACGCUGCUGUCUCUGGUCUACCUGGCCGGUCUCCUGGCCGCCGCCCACCAGCUCUACUACGGGACCAAGUAUCGGCGCUUCCCGGAGUGGCUGGAGACAUGGCUGCAGUGCCGCAAGCAGCUCGGGCUGCUCAGUUUCUUCUUUGCCGCCGUCCACGUCGCCUACAGCCUCUGCUUGCCCAUGCGCAGGUCCGAGCGCUACCUGUUUCUCAACAUGGCGUAUCAGCAGGUUCACGCAAACAUUGAGAACUCCUGGAAUGAGGAGGAAGUGUGGAGGAUCGAAAUGUACAUCUCGUUUGGGAUCAUGAGCCUGGGCUUGCUGUCGCUGCUCGCCGUGACGUCCAUCCCUUCUGUGAGCAGCGCUUUGAACUGGCGGGAAUUCAGCUUCAUCCAGUCUACGCUCGGAUAUGUGGCUCUGCUCAUCAGCACUUUCCACGUCCUCAUUUACGGGUGGAAAAGAGCAUUUGAAGAGGAAUAUUACCGCUUUUACACGCCUCCAAACUUUGUCCUCGCUCUGGUCCUGCCCUGUAUUGUCAUCCUGGGGAAGAGCGUACUCCUGUGCCCGUGUGUGAGCAGGAAGCUGCGGAGUAUUAAAAGGGGCUGGGAGAGGAGCCAGUUUGAGGAAGACGCUACGGGGACUGCUCAGCAGUUUUCUCCCCAGAGAGUCACGGUGAUGUGACGGAGCAAAGUCCCGCUACCCAAAUCGUCCAUCUUCCCUCACCUCCGCCUCAUCCCUCUGCCUCCGGAGUUGGGGAAAGUUGGCUGCCAGAUCCUGCCGGGGGCUGCUCCACCCAGUUACCAUUUGUUUCAUUCUUCCUGAGUAUUAGGAGUGACUGGGCUGUCAGUCACUUGGUAGUAAGCGCGGAACCAGGAACAGGGUUAGAAUUUCACCGCCGUUCUGUCGUUGCGCUGGUCAUCUUCGCCUUCGUCGUCGUUGCUUUCAUCGUCGUCGCCGUCCCUGUCGUUACCGUGCUGCUCAUCAUCGUCAUCUCCUGUGCUGUUGCCCGAGUGAUGGUCGCGGCAAGCUCAGAGCUCGUGCUGCUCCCGAGGAUGCCCUUGCCUGAAGAGGGAGGUGAAAAACCAGCCCGUCACUCAUCUUUAAAGGUAUUGCGUGUUCCAAACAUGAAGAUAUUUCUACCCAAAGGCCAUCCCAUCAGUCUGACUGGAAUUCCUUGCCUGAGACCACUCCAGCUGCCCAGCAGAAAGCCAGGUCAUUGGUAGUGAAUAGGAACCUGGGGCCCCAGGGCAUCUGUACGUUGGCUCAUUCCACCCUCCUGGGGGGUGCCCUCUGGCCUGGCCUGCUGGUGUCCAGGAAGCUGGGAGGGGCAUGUUGUAUAUCUGCUUGCCGGCAGCCCAGGGGCACAUUGCUCAGAGAUGCCAUCAUGGGUUCUCAUGCCUUGCCAAUCUCCCACAAAGCUAGAGUAUCAUUUGGCCUGGCUGGCCAGUCAACAGAGGGGCUGACAAUACCCAGACGAUGGUCUGGUCUGGUCAGGCCAGAGCCUGGUCAUGGUGAUGGACGGUGCCUCUCUGGGAAGGUGGAGGCUGGCCAAGAGCUUGGGUUCCUCUGGCUUUCAUUCUUCCCAGGAAGGGUCUAUGGCCCCGCUCCCAACCACAGGGCCCCUUCCCCCAGCACAGGAUCCUCCCUUCCCCAGCACAAAAAUCCCCUCUCCCAGGGCAGGACCCAAGGUCCCAGCCUUCUGGAGUCAGGCAAGGAAUUGGGUUCCCAAGAUAAGCAUGCCCCUCAGCAGCAGCCCCAUCUCUGGCAGUGGCUCUUCGGCACCCAGCUCCAAGACCCCCAGCUCUGGAUCAUUGCCGCUGAGAGAGGCACUGCUGCUUUCUCUCCAGCACAGCCAGGUUCUAAGAGAAAAGUUCCCAUUCUCACCAUAGCUGUGGGCCUGGGGCACCACAUGCCAGCCGUAAGCCUGCUGGGCAUCCCUAAAACAGAUGCAUUUCCUGUCUCCUGGGCAGAAUCAGAACUGAAAAAUAUCCACAGGCCAUCUCCACACCUCAUGAACCCCCGAGCCCUCCCCCUUCUCUCCAUCCUCCCCACCCGGUCCUUUGCUCUUGCAACGUGGCAGUGUUCUGGACACCAUACCAGUCUGACAUUCAGCUCCCGCUAGCCCAUGCCUGCUGAAACAUCAAGGGCUGGUGUGCCUAAGGAGGGGCUCCCUGCUGACCAAAAUUCCUCACUGAAGCUCACGGGGUCUCUCAGCCAGUGAGGACCAAGGAGAGCAGAGAUGUGAGCUGCCGCAGAGAGUCGGGGGAGCUGGUUCCUUUGACGGGUUCUCUGAGCGCCGGCUUUGCAAGUCGGCCUCCGCUCUCCAGUGGGAACUCCAGGCCCGGCUAGGUGUGUUGGAGAGCAGGGGUUGGUUCUCAGCCCCUCGUUAAAUUUUUCUCUCAUAUUUUCUCUUAAACUCAGUUGUCCUUGUGGCUGUCCAUAGGUAAAGACCCAGUCAGUCUCAGAAAAAAAUAAGAAGUGUAAAAUAGCCCACUGGCUUCUGACUCUAGUCAAAUUCAAACCAAAGUUGUGUUUGGGGUGACUCACUAGGUCCAGUGAUACAUGUAAUUUGAGAUCUCCCAGGCUUUCUCAGAGGGGAAGGUUGCUUCAUUUUUGUAGUUUUCUUGAGGUUAAAUCAUUUUCAGAAAAAUUACGCCCUUCCCAAAGAUGGUUGCACAUUCCAAUGUUGCCUUUCUGGCUGGAUAUGAUUGGAGGAAGACUGCUGGAAAAUCAUGUGGUGAGAAUUGCUGAAUGUUUCCAGGACUCUCUUCUUCUGGCACAUCCCAGGAGAAACAGACAAUUUUCUGGAAAUUUAGAAAUUGGGCUUCGGGCUUACGCAGGAACCAGAGCGAUUCAUCCUCACAAGAAAUAAGCCGAGACCAUAGUGGCCGCUCGGAAAGGGAUUGGGGUUGGUGAAUGUGGCGGGGAUGGGGGCGGAUGAAGUGGGUGGAUCGUUAGGCCCCUCUGCCCCUAGGCUCUAGGGGAUGGGCACGCCAUUGCGGCUGGGUCCAUUUUUCAAAGGAUGUGUACAAAGCAAGUCCUCUUGGAAAGAUAAAUGAAUUCCAUUCGAUAUGUUCAGCCAAGUCAUUAUUUGCCGUUUGUGCUACACGUGGGAGUCCCUAUCGAUCGAAUCCUCUUGCCAAGCCCAGUGACCUAUUUAUCACCAAUGGGCAUGGUCUCGUUACUUGGGAGAUGUUAUCUCAGUAGAAGACAGACAGUUAUUGGGGAGAUGGGCAGUCCCCAGGUCCAUCGGGCAACCGAGCUGUCUGCAUCAAACGAGCCGGGAGUGGGAAGCCCAAAGGCCAAAGGAAUGGGAGCUGGCACUUUCCCGGAGGAUGGUACAGUUUGUGACCGGAGCAUCAUGGUAGCGUUUGUCUGAGCUGUGCCCCCUGUGAGGGGUAAGAGUAGCAUCCUCUUCUUACUCAGUGAAAGAAUUCAGUGCCACAGCCACAGUCCCAUGCUGCAGUGUUGCCUGCAGUGCAGUGCUGUGAUGUUGCAGUGCUGCAGUGGGUGCUACAGAGGAUGGUUCAGGAAACACUACCCCAUGUAGAACAGAUAGACAUGAGGUCAGGGGCCUGUGAGCUGUGAUUUCCUUUCCAGUAUCAAAGCAAAUGCCAUGCCCCUCAUCCUUUCCCUUUCCUCUAAGAGUUAAUUAACCAUGGCUACCGAAUCAGUCUUGGUGUCCCAUUCUCGUCUGGAAAAUACGUUUUACCCAGCAUAAAACAUCCUAACACCCCAGACUUUUCUUUAUUAGCAUCUCGGUUUCUGACUGCAUUAGCUUCAGCUGCUCUGUGCACCAUCCAGACUGAGACUGUGCUGUGUCGGCCAGAAAAGGGGUGACCAUGGUGAUGCGGGUUGGUCAUUCCUUUCUGGGAAAUCCGGUGUGUGUUUAGGGGGCUCUCAGCCAUCAGGGGGAGGAUGGCCGGGCCUGCCGUUAGCUGGACAGAAGAAGGCUCAAGGGAAGUUCAGAGACUAUUGAGUUGCUUAAACAGCCCCAAACAGGGAGAAACAAAUGAACACAUGAACGUGUGGGCAACGAUUUAAGCCGAAGGGCCCAGUGAGCCUGGGGAAGCCAAGAAAUGGGACCAUCGGGAUGAGAUCGUCGACAGAACAGCCUGCACCUGGCCCACAAGGGGAUCGGAACCUAGGCCCCAGCGCAGCGCUGCCAUCCCCAGCCACUUGGGAGGGACCCUCAAUUGGUCGUGUCAGGUGGAUACCAGACCGUGUCCCUCCUGUGGCGUUCGUCUCCUUGAACGGUCCUAAUGUUUGGAGCUGGUCGUGUGGCCGUGAUUCGGUUGACCAGGACUGUCCGAGUUCAGUAGUUGUAAAGCUGCACAUGGGUCCCCCUUUCUUCUUGGCACAGAUCCAAUAAAGGGUUCGGUCAACUACUGGGA